AUGGCUGUUUCAGAACUUGAGCGACUGGAGGCAGUUAACCAGAUGGGAAAGCGGAUAGGCGACGUGACAGCUACAGGGAAACCCGACAUAGACGAGCUUGGCGACUUUGACUUCUCUGCGCUGCCACCACCAUGCAAGCCCGACAUAGACCUGGUAGACCUUUGUUUGUACCCGGUUGACAUGCCCCUUGAAGUCGAGGGAGAGAGCGAGCAGGAGGAGUUCGAGUCGUUUAGUUGGGCCGCAGACCUGCGCACUCCAUCCACUUCCUCCCUGACACCACGCUUCCGGGACGUCCCUCCGGGCACACUGCUGGCUCCAGAUGGCCGCGCUCACUGGAUGCACGUGCUCCGGAUGGACGAGUUCUGCAAGGACGGGGAAUGGACGAGUAGUGGGCAUAUCCUGCAGGAAAGCUUCAGAUUAUGCACAAGCCUGUCCGCGCUCAUGCAAAGCGCAGUCAGGCCUCAGCCUGGUGAGGAAGCGUAG